CAGCUGGCGCCUAUGAGUAAUUGCGACCGCUAUACAAACCGCGAUCGUACCGUGUCCAAAUGCAAUGGAUAUAAUGACUGUGAGUACCUUGCUCAUUCUCCAAUUCACCAUGAACGUCAAAUGUGGCACCCUCUUCAAGAAAAGCUCGGGCAACGGGUUCUUCAAGCGCUACCAUUGGACACCUCGCCAUUGCAUUCUCACGACCACCUCACUCAGUUACUACACCCACCAAGGCGGAGCGUGGAAGGGCAGCAUUGACCUGACCGAGUGCACGUUGCAGUCGUUGGAAGAGAUGCCAGCAGAUUGUCCAAAGACUGGGCGAUCGGUGGCCACAGGGUGGCGGAUAGCCAUCCAAACGCCGACCAAACGGUACUUUAUUGCAGCGACUUGUGAACGAGACAUGCACGAGUGGCUCCAGGCGUUGAAAGUAGUGAUCAAGAUCAACGAAAUGCAGUGGAUGAAAACGCCCACCGCUGCCAAGCGCGUCGUUCAGCAGCGGACUACACAGUGUGGGGUCGUGCGUUGAGUUGCGCAUCAGCUAUUGAAGUAAUUUAUUCAAAAAGUUCACGUAAUAACGCUGACGCUUGGUUACAAUAGAAUGUACCUUUAAGCAUA